AUGGUACUGAGUAAGCCGUUGCCACUGAGAAAGUUGCCAAUGGUUGUAUUCAGAAAAGUGUUAUCCCACUUGUCGCCAAAUGAAUUAAUUCUCCUGGCUCAAUGCUCGAAGAUAACCAAAUCUUUCGUCCGAGCUUAUUAUCCGAAGAAAUUGACGAUGUCAAUGUCCUUCUGUCAUUUCGAGAUUCAAAUCUUUGAAGAAUGUGGUAAAUGUUAUGAGUAUUCUGCCACUUCUCCUGAUCCUUUUCGCCAUCCAACAGUCUAUUGUUGCUAUCCGACGGAGGAAUCAAUAAAAAGAACACUCGAGUUGAUGGAUACAUUUUAUGAUACACUCGGUGCAAAAUUGCUGUUGGUCAAGUUAUAUUCUCUUGGAGAAGUUGAUGCUUCAAUUAUUAUCGAUCGGGUACACAGGAAUCAACCAGUGUUGCAAAGACUCAAGUGGAAAGUACUGCAAGUAUCUGAAAGUACUAAAAAUUCCAUUUUGGGGAAGUUGAAGUGCAAAGAGCUUAUUCUUGAAUUCUCCAAAUGGUUCAAACUCUCCGACUUGUUAUCAUCCACGUGUGACAAAUUCGGAUUGGAACGAUCUACAUGGACUGGAGAAGAUUUGAACACUUUCUUGAAGGAAUGGGUCAAGGGUCGACUUCCAAACUUAUCUUUUUUCUGGAUUGAUACCAAUUCGCUUUUUGAUCAAGAAUCAGCGAAAAAUGGAUUGGAGCUGUUGGAUUCAAACCUCCUGACGAUUGGACACUCAAGUGGAAAUUCAUCCGGAAUGUAA